AUGGCAGGAGGAAUGCACUUUCUGAUUGGCAUUGCCACAGACGAAUAUGUCAUACUUGCCAGUGACAAGGCAACAUUCGCUUAUGGAGCAGUAUUGGCGGAUGACAGUGAGUUUUGGAACGAUCUUAGCGAAGUUAGAAAGCCAAUUAUGCCUACGGCAAGCUCUCAUUGUUUUGAGUUUCUCAUAUCUAUCCAUUUCGUACUUGUGGUUUUGGGUCCCAUGCCUGAUCGUGGGUUUGGCGAUAAUGACAAGGAGUAUCGCCUGGGAAAGAAGCUGACCAUGAUGUGCAUAGGUGAGGAAGGCGAUGUUGCACAGUUUGGAGAUUGGACUAAGCGUAACAUUCAGCUUUAUGCUAUUCGCAAUGGUUACGAGUUAUCUCCGAAGAGUGCUCAUCACUGGAUUCGGCGCGGCAUUGCCGAGGCUCUAAGAACAGAAGAUUAUUACGCCGUUGAUGUCCUUCUUGGCGGGUUAGUUGUAAUACGGUCAUGAUU